GAUGAUAUCCUCUCAUUCUCUUCUCAACUAUCAACCAACAAAUCAUUAACACUUUUACUCCUAACUGAUCGUUCAAUGAGUGAUGAUGGAGUCAUUGCACUAGCACAAUCAUUACAAUAUAAUAAAACACUUGAAUCCUUAUAUCUUUAUUACAAUCCUGACAUCACUUCAGCUUGUGCUCAGUCACUGGCUGAACUUUUACUCUUUAACAACACACUCUCCCUACUUUCUCUCCACCAUACUAACAUUGAUACUGAUGGAGUAAUGAUACUAAUGGAAUCACUCAAGACCAAUAAUGCACUACAGACACUCUGGCUAGACAAACAACAUGAAGAAGCUUGUUCUACUUUACCUUAUUAUGAGCAUAUUAAAGACAGAUUGGAUUUUGUUGUAACGAGACUAUUGUACGGGGAACUAGUAAUAACAGCAUUAACAGGACAGAUACUCAGCAAUGUUGAAUCAGCUAGUCCCUCCAUCACUAAACAACUUUUUGUUUCCCUUGCAUCUCUCUUACCAAGAAACCAAUCGCUAAAGACACUAUCAAUCAUCAAUGACUUGAUUGGGGAUAAUGGUGUGAUGACACUAGCAGAAUCACUGAGGAAUAACGUGACACUCCAGUGUCUAGAUCUUCAUGGAAACCUAAGCAUAACUUCAGCUAGUACUGGCUCAUUGGCUGAGCUAUUGCGUUACAAUGGUUCCCUCUCCACACUUUCUGUAUUCCACACUAGCAUUGGUACUGAUGGAGCAUUGGCCUUAGCUCAUCCUCUGAGAAGUAAUGAGAAAUUAAAGUUCCUUGAACUGGAUAAACAGCAUGAACAUGCAUGUCACCUUUCUUUACCUUACUAUGAA